GUAAAAUGUGUGUGUUCUUUAAAAGCCAGUGGUUGGCUGGUUUUCCGGACAUGAUGUGGUUGAAGCUGUCAUCGUAAUGGAAAUUCAUUGCUGUAGCUAUGCACCUCUUCUGCCUGUGAGCGAUUUGUCACCUCAUUCUGUAAGACUGGCACCAGCAGAAAUGCAGUCUCAGAGGAUCCCGGGGAGAAAGCGAGGCCGACCCUCACUUCACUCCACACCUAUGAAGAUGGCAGUUCAUAACCUUUAUUCUGCUUCAGCUGGCUCUUUACCAGCAGUGAAGAUCCCAAAGAAAAGAGGGCGGAAACCCGGGUACAAGAUCAAGUCUCGGGUUCUCAUGACUCCCUUAGCCCUCUCACCUCCACGGAGUACCCCAGAGCCUGACCUCAGCUCCAUCCCUCAGGACGCAGCCACGGUCCCCAGCUUGGCGGCCCCACAGGCUCUCACAGUCUGCCUCUACAUCAACAAGCAGGCCAAUGCGGGGCCCUACCUGGAGAAGAGGAAGGUGCAGCAGCUCCCGGAGCAUUUCGGGCCUGAGCAGCCCUCGGCCGUGCUGCAGCAGGCCGUCCAAGCUUGCAUCGACUGCGCCCACCAGCAGAAGCUGGUCUUCUCCCUGGUCAAGCAGGGCUACGGUGGCGAGAUGGUGUCAGUCUCAGCUUCCUUUGAUGGCAAACAGCACCUGCGGAGCCUGCCUGUGGUGAACAGCGUCGGCUAUGUCCUCCGCUUCCUUGCCAAGCUGUGCCGAAGCCUCCUCUGCGACGACCUCUUCAGCCACCAGCCCUUUCCCAGGGGCUGCAGUGCCUCUGAGAAGGUUCAGGAGAAAGAGGAAGGAAGGAUGGAAUCAGCCAAGACAGUCACCACUGAAGAGUACCUGGUGAACCCUGUGGGCAUGAACCGCUACGGUAUGGACCCCUCCGCCUCCACCUUUAACCACAGGGGCUCCUUGCCCCCCUCCUCCUCGCUGUACUGCAAGAGGCAGAACUCUGGAGACAGCCACCUUGGGGGAGGUCCUGCUGCCACCGCUGGUGGUCCCCGCACCAGCCCCAUGUCUUCUGGUGGCCCCUCGGCACCUGGGCUGAGGCCCCCAGCCUCCAGUCCCAAGAGAAAUGCAACCUCUCUUGAAGGAAACAGAUGUGCCUCAAGCCCUUCUCAGGAUGCGCAGGAUGCCAGGCGGCCACGGAGCAGGAACCCCUCCGCCUGGACUGUGGAGGACGUGGUGUGGUUUGUGAAGGACGCUGACCCGCAGGCUCUGGGGCCUCACGUGGAGCUCUUCAGAAAGCACGAGAUUGAUGGCAAUGCUCUGCUGUUGCUGAAGAGUGACAUGGUCAUGAAGUACCUGGGCCUGAAGCUGGGACCUGCACUAAAACUCUGCUACCACAUUGACAAACUGAAGCAAGCCAAGUUCUGACUUUUUAAAAAAGACAGAAGCGAAACCCAAAACAACAGAUCUCAAGAUUAUCUUCUGCCUUACCAACAUCCCACCAACAUCACAAAAUAGACUCUCCUCUUAAAAUUAACAGCCACAAAGACGUGGUCUUUUUAUAAAACUUGUGAAUCUUUGCCUUUUAAAGAAUUUAACGUGGACCUUUUUGAAAGGCUCCUCUGUGUUAAUAAUUUGCCAAAAAAUUACAAAAGCCUCUGAUUUUUAACAUCCCUGUUAUGCUGAUUUCUCUUAAAGUGGGUGCUAUUUACAUAAUGAGAGAGUGAGGAACUGAAUGCUUAUGUCCAAGGAAAGUUCUGGAGGGUUCAAAGGAUGAAAGAAGGACCUUUGUCCCUGCAGUCUCCGCAGGGACACCCACCUCAGCACCAUCUGCCUCUAACUCUGACCUGGGGACCUAUCCGUGUGAGCCUUGUUUGCCUCAGCUCUGGAAGCUGACUUCUGAAGAUGACUGCCUCAUCUUGCACUAUCUGGAAAACUUGAAUUAUUUUGCUCCAUGAAAGAAAAGGAAAAAAAAAAAAAAAACUUUUCUAUUCCUAGAAAAUCUGAAGUACUGUAUUGCUCCGCUAGAGGGCAGACUGCUAAUGAAAUUUCAGGACCCUCACUGACUGCAGUAGCAAGAUUAUUCAGUACUGCGUGGAUGGGUUAUGGUGUCUGUGAACAAGAUCUAGCCCACACAGAAACAGGGGAUUUAUUCCACAGUUAGCACCACAGAUUGUGACUUGGGAAGAAACCAUCAGCUAGAGGGGUCUAGUUCGUAUCCAAUCAUUAUUGACUGACUGAUACUCAACUAGCAAAGGCAAGAAUUUGGAAGCACGCUCUACCCAGAUGGGACUUUGGAGUUCCUUCUCUUCCAGAGUCCUCACUGAGGUGUUGAAGUGUUGGCAUGCCGAAGAAUCUUAGUGACAUUUAGCCAUGGGUGUUUCUUUAAAAAAGGAAAAGAAAAUGUCUCAACGAAGCUUUGAAAUGGGAGAGUGUUGAUUUCUAGUUAAAUUGCUGGGUUAUGUAGUUGUAUCUGUGGCUAAUUUUUCUAGUCCUCAACAAAUACACAGACAUGCUAUUAUGGGGUUUAAUUCAAUUUACAGAUAGGUUUUCCUUCCUCACCGUGGAGUAAUAGAAAAAAUUGAUUUUCUGCCCCUUUGCAGCUGUGUCCAGAGAAGGACAAUGAAUCCACAAUUUAUUAGGCAGAGGGACAACUUCUCCACCAUUCAUUUUAUCCUUCCCUUUUCUCUGUUUCCCUCCCUGUCUCUUCUUCUUCACACUGAGCAGAAAACAUAUCUUCAAAAUGAAUUCGCCUUUGCCAUGUGCAUAAUCUCUUCCUUAAAAGGACAUCAGCAGUGUUAGAGAUGAGGAGAUGAACAUUAGAUUUUGGAAUUUCUGGGAGGGAGAGGGUUAGGGAUGACUCAGGGCCUCCCUUGGCCCAAUGGUGAAUCAGAAAAGGCACCCCUUUCUCUGGGAUACAACCUGAGCAGGGGUCUCAGCUGGCAAGUGGAGCAGGGUGGGAGCUCAACCUCCUCACCCCUUGAUCAGCUGCUGUUGUGCAGAACAUGAAUUGCAUAAUCUUGAGGGCAGCCCUGGGUAGAUCUGCAUAGUGACCCUCUAUAUAGUUAGAAUCCAGAUGAAGGCCAUAAGAAAUAGUCCGUGUCAUGCCGUUAGACCCGCUUUGAUGUGCUGUAUUUGAGAAAGCACAUCGUAGCCUCCUUUUCAGACACACAAAUGGUGGCUGGACUGAGAGCAUAGCAGAGAAGGGGAGGAGGAGGAUGUACUAAACUUGCUCACUGAAUUGAGCUAGAGUGUGGAAGAGCUUGAUGUCUGAUGGUUUUGUUACAGGAAGGGGUUCCCGAUCCAGACCUCAAGAAAGGGCGCUUGGAUCUCGUGCAAGAAAGAAUUCAGGGCGUGUGCACAGAGUAAAGUGAAAGCAAGUUUAUUAAGAAAGUAAAGGAAUGAAAGAACGACUACCCCGUAGUCAGAGCAGCUCUGAGGGCUGCCGGUUACCCAUUUUUAUGAUUAUUUCUUGAUAAUAUGCUAAACAAGGGGAGAUUAUUCAUGCCUCCUCCUUUUAGAUCAUAUAGGGUAACUUCCUGACAUUGCCAUGGCAUUUGUAAACUGUCGCGGCACUGGCGGCGGUAUAGCAGUGAGGACAACCAGAGGUCACUCUCGUUGCCAUCUUGGUUUUGGUGGGUUUUAGUCAACUUCUUUACUGCAGCCUGUUUUCUCAGAAGGUCUUUAUGACCUGUAUCUUUUGUGCUGACCUCCUGUCUAAUCCUGUGACUCAGAAUGCCUUAGCCAUCUGGGAAUGCAGCCCAGUAGGUCUCAGCCUCAUUUUACCAGCUCCUAUUCAAGAUGGAGUUGCUCUGGUUCAAACGCCUCUGACAGGUUCAGCACCUGAGAAAAGUACCUUGAAUCAGGCCUUGGGGCAGAGUCUUCAAGAUUUUAAGGUGAUAGGGCCUGUCUCUCAAGAGUUUAUUAAUGGUAAGUGCUCACUGCUGGUCUGGAGUUAGAUACAUUUCCCUCAAAACAGCCACGGAUAGGUUAUGUAUUCAGAACUGCCAGUGCAAAAACAAUGAGAUCCAGAAAAAUCCCACAACAACCCAGGUUUUUCACUCAUCUUUUUUUUCUCAAUCUUCCGAUACUUGUGGUACCUCUUCCAUGAACAGAUACCUCAUGUAGUGACUUCCAGUAUUAAGUUUUCAAAACUUCCUACCCACCCUCAUCAGUGCCUCCCUCACUACAGAGUCACAAACAUUGGUGCUUUCAAAUAAAAAUCAGCCCCAAACAAUGUCACAGAGAUCCCUCGAGUAGUUUUCAGGGGAGAGAUAGGUUCUUAUUUCAAGUCUCGGAGAAAACUGGAUACAUGUUCACGUGGAACUGCUCUCACGGAGGUGCUGUCUCAUUUCGCAUUAAACUUUAAGCAGGACAGAUUGCUGAAGCCAUGAUAUUUAAGGUUUGACUUUUUAAAAAUCUCAUUACUCUUAAAAUAAAUGCUGCCACAUCAGAGAAUAACCUGGGGAGGAAAAUCUUCCUUGACUGCUUCUGCACUGAAAUGCAAUUAGCCAACUAAAUUAUUGUACCAAUACUGCAAUUAUAAUUAAUUUUCACCCCUCUCAAAAAUCUUGUCAAACCAGGAGGCUAAAUAGCUUCACAAAUGUAAAACACACCAGGCCAUUUCCUCUAAACAGACCUUAAAGGGUUAGGCCACGUGGGUCACCCUUGUCCAAAUGAGAGCCGACUUGAGGACCUCUCACUUGUAUAGAUAUGGUACUUGUUAUUCCAUUGCAGUAGCUUUGCUUCAGGUUGUAGUGAAUAAUGAUAUCGUUUUGCAUAAUUCCAAAUUAGAGUGUGUAUGUGUGUGUGCCUGUGUUCAUGCUCCAAACAUUUCCAAUUACACUUGUCUGUUAAACACUGAAAAAAAAAAAAAAAUCAAGAGACAAUUCUAUUGCCUAAGGCCUUUUAAAUAUUUCAUGAAUCACAUUAUUCCCUGUGCGAAGACUUUAGGUGAAAGCCGUGGGUCUCGUCUGUGUGUGUGUGUGUGUGUGUGUGUGUGUGUGUUUCCUGACACUGUAGUUGGAAGAGCCUUAGAAAGUGAGUGCUUGGGAGUGUAUGAGCCAUGGCCUUUGCUUGGUUUGCAAUAUGGAGGCAGAACCCACUGUGGUCUGGUUGCUACUAGUAAGUGUCCCCUCUUAUUCUACUAGGGUGUGCCCUUGAGGAAGCCAGGUGACCAGGGGUGUACUGGGACUCUGGGCCUGCCCCCUCAGGAGGAUGAUUGUAUGUGCCAAGCCUGGGCUCCAGGUGACUCUGGGGAGACGCCUUGCUGGGGAGCCCACGGCAGGGGAACAAUUGUCUUGUGGGCAUUUAGCACCUACCAGAGGGUACACGGAGCUCCCACCAUUUCCCUGCAGCAGGGCUGCUACCAACUAUAUUAAAUACACUGGGAAGGAGUAUGGGACUAGGGCUGGUUUACUGGAGAAGGAAACCAGUGAGAGAGGGAGGCCUACACCAUAAGUUUCUUAGGAAAACAAUGAACGCAGCGAUUCUAACAGCCCCAACCCUUUAUCCUGCAAUAACCUAUUUUUGUAUCUAUGUGCUGUACAGAAUAUUUCUUAUUUUUUUAAUUAAAAUUCUUUUAAAAUAAUUUUUGAGAUGGUUUUAGGAGAAUUUUGUCAAAUCUCUGAAGAUAAUUGGAGAUGCCCAUAGGUGACCAGGGACUGAAAUUUAGUCAUUGUCAGAAGUUCUCGAAAGAUGGAAAUAGUCUGCUCUUGUUCUAAAGAAACAGCCAGGUUUUCAUAUGUGUAAGCGGUCAGCAGGCACUGUCUGACCUCUGUGCUGAAGGGGUCACUUCUCAGCUCUUCUCCACUGGGGACAGAGGGGAAGGGGAUUGGACUCACUUUUUUUUAAAACCUCAGAUAACAAGACAUGGAAUUGUGAAAGAGUAAGUGAUUUUUUUAAAAACUGCAAUUUUUUUUAAGGAGAGGGGUGCAAACCUGUCCAUGGGUCUGAUUUUUUUUUUUUUUUUUUUUGG